GCGGGCCGGGGAGGCGGCGGCGGCGGAGACGGGGGCCUCGCGGCUCAGCCCCCGCAUCAGAACAGGUCUCCGCGGCGCUCGCCCUUCGCCGAGCCCUACCGCCGAGCCCGCCCCGGGCCGGCGUGCGCUGGUCAUCGAGGCCCAGGCUGCCGCGGCGCGUUCUUGAAAUCAUGAAUCCUGUUUAUAGCCCUGGUUCUUCUGGGGUUCCCUAUGCAAAUGCCAAAGGAAUUGGUUAUCCAGCUGGUUUCCCCAUGGGCUAUGCGGCCGCAGCUCCUGCCUAUUCCCCCAACAUGUACCCUGGAGCAAAUCCUACCUUCCAAACAGGUUACACUCCUGGCACACCUUACAAAGUGUCCUGUUCCCCCACCAGCGGGGCAGUGCCACCAUACUCCUCCUCCCCCAACCCCUACCAGACUGCUGUGUACCCUGUGCGAAGUGCCUACCCCCAGCAGAGCCCCUAUGCACAGCAGGGCACGUACUACACACAGCCCCUGUAUGCAGCACCCCCUCAUGUCAUCCACCACACCACGGUGGUGCAGCCCAACGGCAUGCCAGCAACAGUGUACCCUGCUCCCAUCCCUCCACCUAGAGGCAAUGGCGUCACCAUGGGCAUGGUGGCUGGGACCACUAUGGCCAUGUCAGCAGGUACCCUGCUGACCGCCCACUCCCCAACUCCUGUUGCCCCCCACCCAGUCACUGUGCCCACGUAUCGGGCCCCAGGAACGCCCACCUACAGCUACGUGCCCCCUCAGUGGUGAUCACCCUGCAAAUGUUUGAGGAUGGAGCUGUGCAGUCACAUCUUGGAGGUUCCACAGCUGGUGCUGCAGGCCUCGCGCCUCCAACCUGGACUUUCUUCUUAAUGCUCUCGACACUUAGCUAACACUACUCUGGCCCGGCCCAGCAGGUCCCAGCGCCAUUAGUUUCCAACUGACUCUGUGGGUUGGUCUUAAAGCAAUUCCUGUUUUGUGGGCUGCCUGGCAAUUUUUUAGCUAACUGUAAUGAUAAAAAGGGAGUAUUAAUCUAUUCUGAAUCAUAUCUAGUUGAAUGCAUGUUUAAAAAAGACAAACAAAAAACAAAGCUUGCUCAAUCUACCUGCAGUGACUGAUGCAAAACCAUCAUAUGCAAAACCCAAAGGAAUGGAAAAGCAUUUUACAACUUGUAUCACUAAUGCACUGUUGUAAUGUAUGCAGAGUCUUCAAGUUAUAAGUGUUAAAGUGAAUUUCUUCAUAGAGUAUCUGAAAUCCCUUGGAUGAUUCUUCAGCCUUUGGGGUUGAUGUGGGUUGCCAGUUGGUAACGUGGACUUUGAGUUUUCAGCCAUCUGUUUCUUUCACACUGACUGCAUGGGAAGAGAGUCGUAGGGACAGGGAAAGUGCAGGGUGGGCCACUGCUGCCUGGGGCACAGCCAGCUUUCUGGACGUCCCUUUCCUUGCCGUUUAGGCUUGCCUAAACAUUGUGGUGUGGACAUUCUUAGAGAUGAUCAUGAAAGUAUAGCUGUAUGGCCAGUACAGUUAGGGGCAAGAGGUUGUCUGUGUAUCAGCAAAGCAGUUUUCUCUGCCAUCUCAAUUUUCAUUACAAGUCUCCUACACGUAGAGAUGAGGUUUUCUUUGUCUUUAUUGGGAAAGUCUUAUGUAGAACUAAAUUAUUUUCCUGGGAUGGAAGAUGUGUGAAGGAGAAACAGUCACACUUGGAGGAGGUAUUGGUUUCUCCUUUGUUUAGCUUAGAAAACCAUUCGUCCCUCCCGCCCCCAGAAGUUUCAGUACGGAAAACAUAUGUAGGCAUUGCUGUCCUCUACCACUCCCCCACCAACGAAGGGCAAAGAUUUCAGCUGUCUGUUACGAAGAAAGUUAAAUAUUUAAAAGAACUAUUAAAAGGGAACAAAACUCGAUUUGAAAUUGUUUCUUGUAGAGAGGCAGGGCUGUGGCUGUGUUUCAGCCCAUCCACCUGAAGGGGCCUUGUCAUCUGACACCAUCUGGAGGAGACUUCUGGAGAUGGGUCUGGGGAGGUGUGAGGGAGGGGCUGGUGCCUCUGGUCUGUGAGCCUUGUCUGCCAUCUGUAGCUGAGGGCUCUCAGCACAAAGCAGGUAUGGACAGCAAGGGCCCAGGCAGCAUCAGAAUGCAUUUGCCUGCCAGGAUUUAUUUAGAAAGGAAUUUGUGUUUAAAGUCAGAAUAUUGUAUAUAAGAAAUGAAGGGGAUUUUUUUUUUUUUUUUUUUUUUUUUUUGCUUAAAUGUGCCCAGCUUGUAUCAGUGGGAGUGUGUCCGUUCACAGAGGGGGUGGGAGGGUGAGGGUUUUGUUCCCUUUCAGCAGUCUGUCAGGUGGGGGUGGGUGUGCUCCUAUUCACCCCAUCAUUUCAAGUGUAUGGUCUUUGGUUGGGGAGGGGACCCUGCUCUUACGUCUCUGGCAGCUAGGUCAGGGCUCUGGCACUGGUUUGGCUUUCGGCCCCAUUUCCUGAGUGGGACACCUGACCCCUGAGCCUUUGGUAACCUUAUUUUUUAUAGUAAGUACCCCAUAAUUUUCUUUUUUCACGUUUUAUUUUAUAAGAAGUUUAGGAAUAUUUUUGCAUGGAUCAUUGUAAACAGAAGGUUCCUUAUUCCUAAUGUCUAUUAACAUAGUGUGCUUACUGAUAAGUACCUUAAAUUGCUUCAUUAGCACUUAACCCACGUGUGUCUGUGUGUGUGUGUGUGUGUGUGUGUGUGUGUGUGUGUGUGUGUGGAGAGAGAGAGAGAGAGAGAGAGAGAGAGUGUGUGUGUGUGUGUGUGUGUGUGUGUGUGUGUGUGUGUGUGUGUACCAUGUACCCCAGGCACACAGUUUGUGUCUACUUUAGCUCUGUGCUGGUUAUUCCAUCUGUACGGUGGAUGGUUUAUAAUAUCCAUGAGGUUCCAAGGGUUCCAGGGCUGAACUGAUCAAGUAACAGAAAAGUCCAUUUCCCCAGUUUAGUGUAAUAGAUUAGGAGAAAAUAUGAUUUUAGUGUAUGCUUUAAAAAAGCCCUAAACAUCAAAAUGGGAAAACACACACAUACACACACACAUCCUAUGUGUAAGGGUGGAGUCACUCAAAUGUAGAAGUUCUAUCGGAUGCUUCAUUGGGCUUGCUUGAGACAUGGUGCACACAGGGUGAGUGUUUUCACAAGCACUGAAUUAAAUAGUGUUUUCAAGAGCAAGAAGGUUGGGUUGCAUUUUGCCCCCAUUUACAUCAGCUCAUAAACACUUUACCCCCUGUAAUUUUUUAAAAUCUUUUUUCCCUUUUGUGAAGGUGAGUUGGGAGACUUUAUCAAAUACCUUUGCAUAAUGGAAUACAUCUGUGUGGAAAUCUUUUCACAUCAGGGCAUCAGCUACCAAAUAUAAUGAAAGGUAGAUCUUAUCUAGUAGGUAAGAAUCUGGACAUAUGAAUAGUAGCAAAACUAUCAUAGAUUGUAAUUUUAACAGCAGUUCCAGUAAAAAUAAUUAAGGAAUAGAACUUGUUAUAAAAUUGCAUAAUUUGAUAUCCCAAGCAUAAUUGUGGAACAGAGAAAUGGCCUUUUUUUUGUAUGUGACAUUCCUAAUUUGAUACUCUUUCAGCUGAAUUAUGGUUCUUUUGGAAGUGGAGACAGGUAGGCAAGGACCUAAUUCCUCUAAACAUGAACGUCAUCAUCAUGGAUAAUUAAAAAAAAUCUUCUACAGCCUCUCUGCCAAGGUUCAGGAGGCCUGUUUCUCUGCUUAUGGAAGUUUUGUUUGGAUCUGGGCCUGGUGACUUGGAGUGUUUAGUGAUGAGCAAUGUUCCCAUCAACCCACUGCCUCUGAGAAGUGAGGCCAACAUCAGGACCAGGGCCAUUCGUGGGAGGCAUGAAGGCAAGGCGCUUCCAGAACCUUUUAUGUCUUCUGUGUUAAAUCUUGUCAGAACAUUCUUGUUGGUAUGGUUAGUGAGGCCUACCAGUUGCUGUUCUGUGAAUCUGUUUCUUGAGUGCUAUGCAAAUGUACUUAUAGGACAUGAGAGAGGUCUUGAGACUUGGGCUGGGUACUUGUUGGUGAGCAUCCUGCCCUUCCCACUCUCGGCGUACAGUGCCUUGCUCCAUCUGGUGGCACCAUCGCUUCUGUAAUAAUUCUUACGGCAUUUUGGAUAUGCUGAUAUCUGGCACAUGAGUUUCUGUGAGUGUGCCUGCCAGUUGGUGGUGAAAGGGUGGCACACACCAACCACAUCAAUAUUGGGGCCUACUUCAAAAGGAAAUCCACCCUUCUUCACCUGUUCCUGUACACAUUUGGAAACAGUAUUACUCUGACUGGUUGGGCCACCUUCUCCCCACCUGGCAGCUAAUGGCUGGAUACCCUAGUCGUUGCCAACCUGGGUGUUGCCCAGUCAGGACAGGAUGCCUGUCUGACCCCUCAGCAGGCUCACGGGCAGUUUUAAGGGCAAGUGCUUGGAGGGUGAGGGGCAGCUUCUGGUUCUUUCUGGUGCUUUCUAAGGGUGGGGGGGUUCUCUAGAGAGGAGUGUGGUUGGCUCAGGGGAAGGGCAGACUUCUUAGCUGUUUCUAGCAUAUCUCAAAUAUUUGUGUUUUUCCCCUGAGCUGUUUAUUAUUCAGCCUGAGCUCUCUGAAGGUGCGUCAGACUAUUUUGAACAGACUUGCAGAUGACGCGCUGCAGAGGAGGGUCUGAUCAUUUUGGGUAGAAAGUUGCAAAGUUGAUCUUACAUGUUUUAGAGGAUUUGUCGCCCCCCCCCCCCCCCACAUUCAUUUGAAGAACAGAAAACCCUAGGGGUAACCUUAAAGUUUACUCACUUGGGACAGGGAGACAGAGGAGAGGCAGGCAUCUGUUCAGGGAACCUGUAGUGGGCUUCAGGAAAUAUGUGCUCCCAGGGCUGUUGUGUUGGAGAUGACAGGUGUCUUGUUUGGGCCUCCUGAGCCCUGUCAGUCUCCCAUGGGUCCUUGUGUAGACUAGUGGUCAGUAAAAUAGAUGGGCUCUGCUGUGCUCCUGGCAGGGUUUAACGUGAUGGCUGCUCUGAGGAGAGGUCCCAAGGAGCCACGUGGGUUAUGACUGACUAGGAAAUGGUUCCUUUUUUUUUUUUUUUUUUUUUAAUGAUUUUUAAAUACUUUUUUUAGACCGUUUUCUUGGUACUUUUUUUAAGCUUAUGUCGGUAUUGUCUUCCAUUGUUAAAGGCAUCCCUCACCUCUGCAUUGAACUUACGGUGUCAAUCAAUACAAAGGAAUGGAACAUCCAUCCUGAGCCAGUUCCAUUAAGUGUAAAUUCAUACUAUUUUAAUUUUUUAUGCAAUCUGAUGAGUAGAGCUCAGAUUUAAAAUUCUUAAAAGCACGUUUAUUGUAACAAGACUUGUUAUGUAUUAAUACUGCAGUUUUCAAUAAAGAUUGACUUGUGUUGCA